AUGAGACAGACUCUUACACUUUCUUUUAUAAAACCACAAAAAAAUAGUCUCCAUUUGCCCCCAAAUACUCAAAUGGAUAUGGGAUUACCAAAUAGCAAUAUCCAAUUCUCAUUUCCUCAAUUAACUAUGGUCUCUGUCUUUUUUAAUGAACUUGGUGGUGACAAGGUUGCUGAUAUCAAUCAAAAUAUUGUGGAUAAAUUAGCAAUAGGCUGUCCGCUCCUCAACUCAUUAACGGUGGCCAAUGAUCCUUCAUUGAAAUUUGUUCCAAUAAUUUUUUCAAGUAUGCUCAGUCUUGUGACUGCUACUUUUAGAUUUCCUGGUGUUCCAACCAUCUCGCUUCCUAGUCACCCAACAUUGAGCAAAUUGGAGAUUUAUGGUGAUUCGAAUAUGACAGAAUUUAUCAUUGGCAGUAGUGUACUUCUCCCAAAUUUGAUACUCUUGUCAUUGGGUAUCUAUCAGGACGUCCCAAACAAUUGUGCUUUACAAAAGAUUGGCAAUUUUUCCGAUACAUCCUUUCCAAUACUAGAUACUCUAUUUUUCUACUUGGGUCAAGGACCUGUUCAACAACAAAUUAAUAUAGGAGCAUCCAAGUUGAAUGCAUUAAGACUUUUUGACAGAUCUUCAAAUCUCCCUUCCAAUGCCAAAAUUAAUAUCAACCAUCCCGAAUCUUUGACCGAUAUUUAUUAUCAAUCCGAUGGAUAUGUUUUUGAACCUACUCUUGACAAAUUCUCAAAUCUUGAUAAAUUAACUGUACAUCAAUCUUCCAAAAAUAGUUACCCAUUCCAAUCAGAAAAGUUUCCACAAAAGUUGACAGGUUUAUAUCUAAACUCAGGAACAAUGACCACUAUUCCAAAUGUGACCAUUCCGUCAUAUAUCAACACUCUGAGUCUAUUAGAAAACAAUAUUGUUCAAGGAUCAAUUGAUUUUGAUCAUAUUUUAAAAGAUACAAAUGGGUCUUUGCUUUUGGAUCUUUCAAUAAACCCCAAUUUAACAGGUCCACUUGUCCAAGAGACUUCAUUGUGCGGUUUAAAAACCUUAAAGUUGGGUGGAACAGCGGUAACAUCGGUACCUGAUUGCUUUUGGUGUUACCAAGAUCCACCACAAAAAAUAGUUUUACCUCUAGGUCUCGCUAAGCCAUCUGCGUUUAUUUGUCAGAUUUCGGUAGACAACUCAACUUUGGUUACACUUUUCAAGUCGACUGUCAUUUCUGGGUCCAAUCUAGGUUGGGGAUCAAAUGUAGCAGGGGUCUCUGUCAUACCGAUCGUUCCAAACAAGAUAAUGGGCCUUUACUACCCGUUUGUACCAAUAGAUGGACCACCCCAGCACUACAUUGUACGACUCAGUGAUACGGACGCAUCACUCUCUGUUGGUUUGUACCUUGUUGAAGCUGGAUUCAUUGUGCAAUCAGUAUCACUCGCUCAAUCGCCCAACCAAAUGGCCAACCUAACCAUUCAAUUCUCGGUAAUCAACAAUUAUUUUGUCCAUCAAGCAACAUUAAAUGGAACAGGGCACGACAUGUCCAUUGUCAACGGAAAUCAAUACCGAUUUUACUUUACCAAUCUUCCUUUUGGAGAAUAUAAUCUUGUCAUAUUCAAUGGUUAUUAUAAUACUUCAACAUUUAACAUAGACUAUGUUAAAGGUAAAUAUAAAUAUAUUUAUAUUUACCUUUGUCAAAUUCGCGAAUGUACAUACCAUCAAUUGGUGACUGCUCAAGGUGUAUGUGAAAUGGAAACAAAUCAUUGUCAUCGUAAUGGACAAUGUGAUGGUUAUGGCAAAUGUGUUUGUAAUAUUAAUCAAGGAGCUUAUUAUAAUAAGUGUUCAAAUCCAUAUCCAUUUAUUACAGCUGGUCAAAUGAAUAAUGAACAAAGAUUAAUUAGUUUGUAUGGUGAUUUUGGACCAUUUGGACAAAACGAUACAACAGUCACAAUCAAUAAUACAAUCAAUUGUAUGGUCAACCAAUCCAUAUCCAAUCAAUUUAACAUCAAUUGUUCACUUUUAUCAUCACCAACAACAUUUGGAUUGGCUUCAGUUCAAUUAAAUGUCAGUGGUUUAUUAUAUAGUAAAGGACGUGUAUUGAAAUUUAUUGACCCUUCAACCAAUCCUGGUGGAUCUACAACUAGCACAAGUGGAGGAGUAUCAACACCUCGAGAAUUGUGUCAAGAGAAUACACAAAAUUGUUAUGGACAUGGUGAUUGUGAUGAUAAAGGAGUCUGUCAAUGUCAAGAGAAAUAUAAUCCUAUUGAUAAUUGUGCAACUAAAUUCGCUGAUAAUACUACAUUUAAUGCAAAUAAUACUUCACCGUCAUCAAAGAUUGAAGUUGAGGGUGUUCAAUUUGGAUUUGAAAUUGUUGCCAUUCAAGAAAUUGGAGUUGACAAUGAAAUUAGUAGAGAAUUAUUGGCCAAUAGUUGGUUAUCGAGUAUUUCAACAAAUAGUACAAUGACAAAUGCAACGUAUGAUUUGGUUAUUUCCAAUACUAGUAUUCUUGCAGGUACCAAUGUCACCGUUACCAUUACAUUCUCUACAUUGCCAAGAACCGUAAUGUUUGGAGAUCAACAACUAUUGAUCAAUCCAAACUCUAUUAAAUUGGCAAUUCAUUCUCGUUAUGGUGCUGAUGGUGAAAUUCAAUACCUCAGAGUCAUCAAAGACAAUGUUCAAUUCAAUGGUAGAUUCAUUGAUUUUGCAUUGGCAAAUGGUAGAUCAACCUAUUCACAAACAUUUGUUAUCAAUCAAACUGAAAUCAGCGGCGACAGUGAUCAAUCAGUAGCAAUGAUUGGUAUAACUCUACCACAAUGUCAAGAGUGUAUACUCGAUCCUGAUUUCACACCAUUAUUGGUUGCCAAUGACAAAGGUGACAAUUGUGAUGGUUCGAGUAACACUUGGAAGAUUAUCGUUGGAUGUGUCGUUGGUGGUAUUGCUUUUGUAGCCAUCGCAACUGUCUCUAUCAUUUUUGCAAUCAAGAAACUCAAAUAUCAAACCAAAUUUGGAUCAAAGAUGAGAAAAAUCAUCUAA